UAAAGGGGGGCUGAGAGAGAGAGCAGAAGCAGGAGCUAUAUAAAGGCGAAAGAUAAGAGAGAGAAAAUAGAGAGAGAGAGAGAGAGUCUCGAAACCCUAGAAAUCGAAGGUAGACUCCAUUUCUGAGCUUCGAAUCUCGUCGGAGCUCAAACCCUAGCGUUGAUCGGAAGCCAGAUCGAGGGUCUAGCUUCGUGUUGCUUCAGAUCCGGCUGUGGAUCGUUGAGACGAGCUCGAUCUCUGGUUCGAUGGGGAUUCGGUAGGGUUUUUCAUCGUUUUCCUUGAUCGUUUUCGUCGAUUUUGGGUGUUUGGAUUCAAUUUGGCCGGUGGUUUGGUGUAUUUAUUUAAUAUAUUUGAGGUUUAUUGGAGGUUCGGUUGUUGGGGGCUUAAUUAUUAUUUCCGAGAUAAGGAAAGGGUAAAAAAGGGAAAGUAGCGGGGAAGUAGAGGUUACGCUUGGAAGUGAGGAAGGAAGGUGGGUUUUGUCGUUUUUCUGUAGAGAAAAGAAACUGACUUUGCGCUGGAGCGUUUAGGGGUCGCGGGAACUAUGUCCUCUUUGAGUAGGGAACUCGUUUUCCUCAUACUCCAGUUUCUGGAUGAGGAGAAAUUCAAAGAGACUGUUCAUAAGUUGGAGCAGGAGUCGGGUUUUUACUUCAAUAUGAAGCAUUUUGAGGAUCAAGUUCAGGCAGGAGAAUGGGAUGAGGUCGAAAAGUAUCUCGGCGGGUUUACAAAGGUUGAGGACAAUAGAUACUCGAUGAAAAUCUUCUUUGAGAUCAGAAAGCAGAAGUACCUCGAAGCUCUGGAUAGCCAUGAUAGAGCAAAAGCCGUGGAAAUUCUUGUUAAGGAUCUUAAAGUCUUUGCUUCUUUCAAUGAAGAGCUUUUUAAGGAGAUUACCCAAUUGCUGACCCUGGAGAAUUUUAGGCAGAAUGAACAAUUGUCGAAGUAUGGGGAUACAAAGUCGGCUAGAAAUAUAAUGCUCUUGGAGCUUAAGAAGCUUAUUGAGGCUAACCCCUUGUUUCGCGACAAGCUUACAUUCCCAGGCUUCAAAGCUUCUAGACUACGGACCUUGAUCAACCAAAGUCUUAAUUGGCAGCAUCAGCUUUGCAAGAACCCUCGCCCCAACCCUGACAUUAAAACACUUUUUACGGAUCACACGUGUGCUCCUACUAACGGAGCAAGGCCGCCGCCACCAACCAAUGGUCCCCUUGUAGGGCCAAUUCCUAAGUCCGGGCCGUUUCCUCCUCUAGGUGCUCAUAGUCCAUUUCAGCCUGUUGUUUCUCCAUCAGCAAGUGCAAUUGCAGGUUGGAUGACAAGUGGCAAUCCAUCCAUGCCCCAUGCUGCUGUGGCUCAAGGGCCUCCGGGUCUUGUGCAGCCUCCUAAUACAGCUGCAUUUCUGAAGCACCCCAGAACCCCUACAAGUGCUACAGGUAUGGAUUAUCAAACAGCUGACUCUGAACACUUGAUGAAAAGAAUGCGAACUGGCCAAUCAGAUGAGGUGUCAUUCUCUGGCGCAUCACAUCCAUCCAAUGUUUAUUCCCAAGACGAUCUUCCCAAAAGUGUAGUACGAACACUUAAUCAGGGCUCUAAUGUCAUGAGCUUGGAUUUCCAUCCGCAACAUCAAACAUUUCUUUUAGUUGGAACAAAUGUUGGUGACAUUGGAAUAUGGGAAGUGGGAUCUCGAGAAAGGAUAGCACACAAGAACUUUAAGGUCUGGGAUGUCCAAAAUUGUUCAGUGCCUCUACAGGCGGCCUUGAUGAAAGAUGCAACAAUAUCUGUCAACCGCUGUUUAUGGAGCCCUGAUGGUUCUGUUAUUGGUGUUGCAUUUUCUAAACAUCUCAUACAGACAUAUGCUUAUAUUCCUAAUGGAGAGCUCAGACAACAGUUAGAGAUUGAUGCUCAUGUAGGUGGUGUCAAUGACAUUGCAUUUUCGCAUCCCAAUAAGAGCUUGUCUAUUAUCACAUGUGGUGAUGAUAAGACCAUUAAGGUGUGGGAUGCUACUACUGGACAAAAACAGUAUCUGUUUGAAGGCCAUGAAGCUCCUGUAUAUUCUGUUUGUCCUCACCAUAAAGAGAUGAUACAGUUUAUAUUCUCCACUGCUGUUGAUGGAAAGAUCAAAGCAUGGCUAUAUGAUUAUGCUGGGUCUAGAGUUGAUUAUGAUGCCCCUGGCCUCUGGUGCACAACAAUGUCAUACAGUGCUGAUGGCUCAAGGCUCUUUUCAUGUGGAACUAGUAAAGAUGGGGAUUCCCAUUUGGUUGAGUGGAAUGAAACAGAAGGAGCCAUUAAAAGGACAUAUUCUGGAUUCAGGAAACGGUCUCUUGGUGUCGUACAGUUUGACACAACCAGGAACCGUUUCUUAGCUGCUGGAGAUGAAUUCGUGAUUAAAUUCUGGGAUAUGGACAACACCAAUUUACUGACUACAACAGAUGCAGAGGGUGGUUUGACCGCAAGUCCUCGGCUGAGAUUUAAUAAAGAAGGGUCCUUGCUUGCUGUUACGACCAAUGACAAUGGAAUUAAGAUCUUAGCAAACGCUGAUGGACAACGCUUGCUAAGGAUGCUGGAGAGCAGGACUUUUGAAGGCUCUCGAGGCCCUCAGCAAAUUAGUUCCAAGUUGGACAUUUGUGUUUCUCCAUCAGCAAGUGCAAUUGCAGGUUGGAUGACAAGUGGCAAUCCAUCCAUGCCCCAUGCUGCUGUGGCUCAAGGGCCUCCGGGUCUUGUGCAGCCUCCUAAUACAGCUGCAUUUCUGAAGCACCCCAGAACCCCUACAAGUGCCACAGGUAUGGAUUAUCAAACAGCUGACUCUGAACACUUGAUGAAAAGAAUGCGAACUGGCCAAUCAGAUGAGGUGUCAUUCUCUGGCGCAUCACAUCAAUCCAAUGUUUAUUCCCAAGACGAUCUUCCCAAAAGUGUAGUACGAACACUUAAUCAGGGCUCUAAUGUCAUGAGCUUGGAUUUCCAUCCGCAACAUCAAACAUUUCUUUUAGUUGGAACAAAUGUUGGUGACAUUGGAAUAUGGGAAGUGGGAUCUCGAGAAAGGAUAGCACACAAGAACUUUAAGGUCUGGGAUGUCCAAAAUUGUUCAGUGCCUCUACAGGCGGCCUUGAUGAAAGAUGCAACAAUAUCUGUCAACCGCUGUUUAUGGAGCCCUGAUGGUUCUGUUAUUGGUGUUGCAUUUUCUAAACAUCUCAUACAGACAUAUGCUUAUAUUCCUAAUGGAGAGCUCAGACAACAGUUAGAGAUUGAUGCUCAUGUAGGUGGUGUCAAUGACAUUGCAUUUUCGCAUCCCAAUAAGAGCUUGUCUAUUAUCACAUGUGGUGAUGAUAAGACCAUUAAGGUGUGGGAUGCUACUACUGGACAAAAACAGUAUCUGUUUGAAGGCCAUGAAGCUCCUGUAUAUUCUGUUUGUCCUCACCAUAAAGAGAUGAUACAGUUUAUAUUCUCCACUGCUGUUGAUGGAAAGAUCAAAGCAUGGCUAUAUGAUUAUGCUGGGUCUAGAGUUGAUUAUGAUGCCCCUGGCCUCUGGUGCACAACAAUGUCAUACAGUGCUGAUGGCUCAAGGCUCUUUUCAUGUGGAACUAGUAAAGAUGGGGAUUCCCAUUUGGUUGAGUGGAAUGAAACAGAAGGAGCCAUUAAAAGGACAUAUUCUGGAUUCAGGAAACGGUCUCUUGGUGUCGUACAGUUUGACACAACCAGGAACCGUUUCUUAGCUGCUGGAGAUGAAUUCGUGAUUAAAUUCUGGGAUAUGGACAACACCAAUUUACUGACUACAACAGAUGCAGAGGGUGGUUUGACCGCAAGUCCUCGGCUGAGAUUUAAUAAAGAAGGGUCCUUGCUUGCUGUUACGACCAAUGACAAUGGAAUUAAGAUCUUAGCAAACGCUGAUGGACAACGCUUGCUAAGGAUGCUGGAGAGCAGGACUUUUGAAGGCUCUCGAGGCCCUCAGCAAAUUAGUUCCAAGAUUCAAGCAGUGAGUUCCAUGCACUAUUUUGCUUACUAUGAUGAAGAAGUUACUACUUGGAGUCUUAUCUGGAAAUUGGCAGACAUAGUAGACUCUGCUCAUCUUAAAGCCUUGCGGUUGCCCGACACGAUGACUGCACCAAAUAAGGUUGUUCGGUUGCUAUAUACAAACUCUGGGUUGGCUGUCCUGGCUCUUGCCUCAAAUGCUAUCCAUAAACUGUGGAAGUGGCAGCGUAGUGAAAGAAAUCCACUUGGCAAGUCUACUGCCACAGUCGUACCUCAGUUGUGGCAGCCAACAAAUGGUAUUCUUAUGACCAAUGAUACAAAUGACAGCAAUCCUGAAGAAGCAACUGCAUGCAUUGCUUUGUCAAAGAAUGAUUCAUAUGUCAUGUCUGCUUCUGGGGGGAAAGUUUCAUUGUUCAACAUGAUGACAUUUAAGGUUAUGACAACAUUCAUGCCACCCCCUCCAGCAGCGACCUUCUUGGCGUUUCACCCUCAAGAUAAUAAUAUAAUUGCCAUAGGGAUGGAAGAUUCCUCCAUUCAAAUAUAUAAUGUCAGAAUUGAUGAGGUUAAAACCAAGCUCAAAGGUCACCAGAAGAAAAUCACAGGGCUUGCAUUCUCCCAGUCAUUAAAUGUGCUUGUCUCCUCGGGGGCUGAUGCACAGCUUUGUGUCUGGAGUAUUGAUGGAUGGGAGAAGAGGAAGUCAAAAUUUAUUCAGUCACCUGCUGGUCGUGCAACCCCACUGGUUGGGGACACAAGAGUUCAGUUUCACAAUGAUCAGACACACAUCUUGGUUGUUCAUGAAAGCCAGAUCUCCAUCUACGACAGCAAGCUAGAUUGCUCAAGGACGUGGUCUCCUCGAGAUUCUCUUUCUGCACCAAUUUCAAGUGCAAUAUAUUCAUGUGAUGGAAUGUUAGUGUACGCUGGAUUCUGUGAUGGUGCAGUCGGAGUUUUUGAUGCUGAUAGCCUAAGACUUCGCUGCCGAAUUGCACCCUCUGCCUAUAUUUCACCCCCUACUUCCAGUGGUGGAGCUGUGUAUCCCAUGGUGAUUGCUGCACAUCCUUCAGAGUCGAACCAGGUAGCACUGGGGAUGAGCGACGGCACAGUCUACGUGGUCGAGCCAUCUGAUGCGGAGCUGAAAUGGGGAGCCCCGCCGCCUCAGGAGAAUGGAGGAGGAGCUCUCCCCUCCAUCUCCUCCAAUCCUUCAGUUAGCAGCCAGGCCUCUGAACCCCCGACGAGGUGACAAAAAUCCUGUAGGGCUUUUAGAAACGCGUAGGAGAUAGGUCCACGGUUUGUAACAGGAGAAAAGCUAAUGAGAGUUAUUUUGCUCAGAUUUCAGUAAGCUAUAUUCCGGCUGCAUCUGGGGAUCACCUUUUUCUUAUCCCCAAUCUGACCUGCUGGGUUGUUCAUGGCUACUACAACUAUUAUGCUUCCCUUCAGUUGUAAAGCUUAUCAUAGUGUUUGUCCAGAUUUGUUUAUUUAAGAGAAGCGGUGGCAAGAUUUUUUGUGGCGUGUGAUAUAUUUAUCUCUGGAAUUUGUUUU